GGCAAACAAACGAGCAUUGCUUGUGUUUGUUGUCUUUUUUUGCACGUUUCCUGCACAACUUUCCCCAUAAUCGUAUAGUUGAAUCAAAGGUGACACCAUGCCCGUCAUCUGCGCGGUGAUAGGAUGUAACAAUAAGUUUGUGAAAGGCUCUGAAAUAAGAUUUUACAGGUUCCCACUCAGCAAGCCUCAACUUGCCUCAAAAUGGGUGCACAGUCUGGGGAUGAAAAACUUCAUCCCGACCGCCAACACCUGCCUCUGCUCCGAGCAUUUCCGGCCCGACUGCUUCAGGGACUACAAUGGAAAGCAGUUUCUUAGGGAGGAUGCAGUGCCCACCAUAUUUAACCAGGGCCAAGAUACAUCAAAGAUUGAACUUAGAAAACGAGGGGUGCCACCAAAGGAGACCAACACUGCCAAUCAGGUGGCAACACAAGCAGACAGAGACCGAGCAAGGGAGGCCGGUCUACGCAGAGAAAAAAGAGGCGGAAUGAGGGGGGGACGAGGCGGCCGUGGAGGAAAACAGAUGUCUGACAGGCAAACGGUCGGAGGGAAGAGCAGAGUGUACGACGGAAAAGGCCGACUGCUGAGCAACGGCAAGGACAUGUGUGACUGUCUGGAUGUGGAUUGUAUGGGCUGCUUCUACCCGUGCCCUGAGUGCUGCUCGCGCAAGUGCGGGGUGGAGUGCCGCUGCGACAGGAAGUGGCUUUACGAGCAAGUGGAGGUGGAGGGCGGAGAGAUCAUCCGGAACAAGUUUGCUGUGUAAUUAGCAGUGAAUCUUGGGAUUUAAAGGCUCAAUCAUGAAGUCAGUGGGCUUCUGGGAACUAAAAACCUGAGUUGAGCUGAUGGACCAUUCAAGACUGUGAAGGAAUCUUCUAUAAAGGUUCACUGAUAUUUAUUAGGUUUUGCAGUCUCUGCAUAAGGUAGAGAGCUGUGCACAACAAUGUGAGUAUUCUGCUGAAUGUUACAUGUUCAUUUUUAUUGUUCAUAGAAGCGUUAUUACUGUUAAGCCUUUUUCUUUCACCAAUAAAACAUUUCUUAUGUGCCAAUCUGUGCU